AUGGCAAGAAUUGAUUGGCAGAAUUUAGACGUUACGAACCGGAAGGGAGUCCCGUCUCUUGAUGGCCGGAUUCUUGGUCAAGGAGUUCUUGCAGCCUCGACCGGCGGCGAACUCGUCCAAGUUGCGCAGCGUGCAGUCGGCAAUCUCCAUGAGGGCCUCCUCGGUGAGGAAGGCCUGGUGACCGCAGACGAGGACGUUGUGAAAGGUGGUGAGGCGCAUGAGCAGAUCGUCCUGGAUGACCUCGGCCGAGUGAUCGUUGUAGAAGAGCUCGCUCUCGCCCUCGUAGACGUCGAGGGCGACGCCGCCGAGGUGAUUCGCCUUGAGGGCGCGGAUGACGGCCCUCGUGUCGAGGAGGCCGCCGCGGGAGGUGUUGACGAGCAUGGCGCGAGGCUUCAUCUUGGCGAUGGUGUCGGCGUUGAUGAUGUGCUUGGUCGAGUCCAUGAGCGGGCAGUGGAGGCUGACGACGUCGCACUCGGCGAGGAGCUCGUCGAGCGUCCGGUACUCGCCCACGUCGGCAAAGGCGGGCGAGGGAAAGGGAUCGUAGGCGACGACGCGGCAGCCGAAGCCCUUCAUGAUGCGGCCGGUGGCGACGCCGAUCCUGCCGGUGCCGACGAUGCCGACCGUCUUGCCGUGGAGGGUGCGCCCGAUGAGGCCGUCGAGGGCGAAGUUGCCCUCGCGGACGCGGUUGUAGGCGCGGUGCGUGUUGCGGUUGAGCGUCUGGAUGAGGGCGACGGCGAACUCGGCGACGGCCUCGGGCGAGUAGGAGGGCACGUUGGCGACGAGCAGGCCGCAGGCGUCGGCGGCGUCGAGGUCGACGUUGUUGAAGCCGGCGCAGCGCAGGAGGAUGGCCUUGACGGCGAGCUUGGCGAGGGCCUCGACGACGGGUCGGUCGACGGCGUCGUUGACGAAGACGCAGACGGCGUCGGAGCCGCCGGCGAGGAAGACGGUGUCCUGGCUCAGGGCAAAGUCGUGGUAGACGAUUUCAAGGCUCGACUGAGGUCUCGAGGCCUUGGCGUCGUCAAAGUACUUUUUGUCGUACGGCUUGGCGCUGAAGACGGCGAGCUUCAUCGUGGCGAGAGGGAGAGGGAUGGGGCAAGGUUGGGGAGCAGCCCUGGAUGGGAGCCGAAGGUGUCGGUACGGCGAGGUGGCAGGAUGCUCGUCGAUGCGGCACAAAUGCUGUGA